AAUGAUUGAUCCAGUUGUGUGUGAACACGGAAGGUCCAGGGAGGAAGGCGGCUGAGGUUUCUAUCCGGUGUAGUUUGACAGUUCCACCGGUUUCAUUUAGUUGUGUGGGUGGAGGCCAAGUUGAUAAUUUAAGAUACCUUGCAUUAGAAGUGUUUUUUUCUGCUACGUUAGCCUUCGUUAAAGCGGUUGAAGUAAACCUUUCUAAAUGAAUGCUGCUCAGUAAUCUACCAACUAGAAAACCUAUACAACAUUAGCUAAUUAGCUUGCUUGCUAGUCUACCUCACGACCAGUUCAGCUCUGAAAUGGCAAACUUAUUGGCAGUGCAAGCAAGGAUAACACUGACGAAACAAGGGAACAUAAUAAACCCUACUACUUCAACGGCAUUGAGGAUUGCCUUACGUGAAUACAGCACCAGCGAUGGAAAAGAGUACCUGCACAGAAGUAUUGUUCCUACAAUGCACUACCAGAAGAGCUUGCCGAGGUUACCUGUCCCAAAGCUGGAGGAUACCAUACGUAGAUACCUAGCAGCACAGAAACCCCUUCUAAAUGAUGAGCAGUACAGCACCACAGAGAAACUGGCCCAGAGCUUCCAGAAUGGUGUGGGAAAACAGCUGCAUGAGGAGCUGGUCACUCAAGACAAGAACAACAAGCACACUAGUUACAUUUCAGCGCCAUGGUUCGACAUGUACCUCUCCUCUCGGGACUCGGUGGUGCUGAACUUCAACCCCUUCAUGUCCUUCAACCCGGACCCCAAGCCUGAGUACAACGACCAGCUGCUCCGGGCCACCAACAUGGUGUGCUCGGCGGUGCGCUUCAUGAAGACCCUGCGCGCCGGCCUGCUGGAGCCCGAGGUCUUCCACCUCAACCCUGCCAAGAGCGACACGGACGGCUUCAAGAAGCUCAUCCGCUGGGUGCCCUCCUCCAUCUCCUGGUUCGGGGCCUUCAUGGUGAACGCCUACCCGCUGGACAUGUCGCAGUACUUCCGCCUCUUCAACUCUACACGCAUCCCCAAGCCCGGACGCGACGAGCUGUACACCAACGACAAGGGGCGCCACCUGAUGGUGAUGAGGAAAGGUCACGUGUACGUGUUCGACGUGGUGGACGCUGACGGCAACCUGCUGUCGCCGGCUGAGAUCCAGGCCCACCUCAAGCACAUCCUGUCAGACGAGAGCCCGGCGGCGGCCUUCCCCGUCGGGGUGCUGACCAGCGAGAACCGGGACAUUUGGGCGGCUCUCCGGGAGAAGCUGGUGGCGGCCGGGAACGGCGAGACGCUGGGCCUGGUGGACAGCGCCCUCUUCUGCCUGAGCCUGGACGACGAGGCCAUGCGCGACCACAUCCACAUCUCCCACAACAUGCUGCACGGCGACGGCCUGAACCGCUGGUACGACAAGUCCUUCACCAUCGUCCUGGCCAAGGACGCGCAGGCGGCCAUCAACUUCGAGCACUCGUGGGGCGACGGGGUGGCCGUGCUGCGCUUCCAGAACGAGGUGUUCAAGGACACCACCGAGAGGCCCAUGGUGGGACCCGGCUCCCAGCCCGCCGCUGUGGACUCUGCCUCCGCCGUGCGCAGGCUGGACUUCAAGCUGGACGCCGGCCUGGAGGCAGGCAUCUCCAAAGCCAAGGAGAACUUUGACGCAGCCGUGUCCAAGCUCAAGAUCGACGCCAUCCAGUUCAUGAAGGGCGGAAAGAACCAGCUGAAGAAGGUUAAGUUGAGCCCGGACGCGGUGGUGCAGCUCUCCUUCCAGAUGGGCUUCCUGCGGCAGUAUGGUCAGACCGUGGCCACCUACGAGUCCUGCAGCACCGCCGCCUUCAAGCAUGGCCGCACCGAGACCAUCCGUCCGGCCACCGUGCACACCAAGCGCUGCGCCGAGGCCUUUGUCCAGCAGCCCGGCAAGCACAGUGUGGCUGAGCUACAGGGACUGCUCAACGAAUGCUCCAAGUACCACGGCCAGCUCACCAAAGAGGCAGCUAUGGGCCAAGGAUUUGACCGGCACCUGUUUGCCAUGCGCUACCUGGCCAACAGCAAGGGCAUGGCACUGCCCGAGCUCUACCAAGACCCGGCCUACGCUGCCAUCAAUCACAACAUCCUGUCCACCAGCACGCUCACCAGCCCCGCGGUGAACCUAGGGGGGUUCGCCCCGGUGGUGCCCGACGGGUUUGGGGUGGGCUACGGUGUCCACGAUGAGUGGGUCGGCUGCAACGUCUCCACAUACCCGGACAGAAAUGUCCAUGAAUUCCUGCAGUGUGUCCACAAGUCGUUAGAGGACAUUUUUGCAGUUCUCGAAGGCAAACCAAUCAGUUAAUAGGAAUAAUACUGUUUUUUUUAACCACACCCCUCAAGAUGAGAUGUUCAAUGGACUUAAUUCAAGUGAAUCUGUAGUCACUUUACUGAUUUACAUAAUUGCCUUUACACGAUUGCUCUACAUUCAGGUCUGCUGUGCCUUUUUCACUAAGCUAUGUUCAACUUCAUCCCAAAUCUUCAUCCCAGCAUUCAGCUUGAACUGUUAUUGUGAAUCAUACAGGUAGAAUGUCUCAAGCUUUUCUUGUAAUAUAUUUUUUAAAUUUCAUUUUGCUUGUUUAAGAGGAGUUACAUGGAACAUGUUAUCUCCGGCCAUUGCACGCGACCAACAGCAGAAACUGUUAUGUGAAUUGCGUGCUGGAGCCAUUUUGAGCCAUCCGUUUAUGGCACUAGUUGGAGGGGGUCUGUCGACUUAUAUUUAUGUUCGUCAUUAGAGGUUGAGACAAACACUUCAGAAGUACACAACAGGACUGCAUAGGCCAGCAUUUGCCCUCACUUAUUGCGUAGGAAGGACUGACAUUUUAAUGUGUGUUUCAGCUUCACCAGGCAUCAGCAAUGUGGUGUUGGUUACAAUGCUUCAGUCCACUUGAAUUGUAUUUUCACGUGGCUCUGUGGACAAAUCCUGUAAGCCUUAAUCCAUCUGUACAGUAAUAUAUACUCUGACUGGUUAAAUAAAAUAACCGGUUUCAUAAAUUUUCAAAAGAUUUCAGCUGGUUUACCAAGAGUGCCUGAAUAAAUCACUUCAUUCAUACAUUAA